AUGAACGUCAGCGACAGCGAACUGAUGGCAGGUAUUUUAACGCGAAGUGGACACCAGACCGUCCCACACCUCGACGAUGCGGAUGUCGUCCUCGUCAAUACUUGCGCAAUUCGGGAAAACGCCGAAACGAAAGUCAUUAAUCGGCUGAAGCAUCUGCAUCACCGGAAACGCCGCCACCCCGAACUCAUUAUCGGGGUCUGUGGUUGUAUGGCGCAACACCUUCGAGACCGACUCUUAGAUGCCGCACCCUAUGUCGAUCUCGUCAUGGGACCGGAUGCCUAUCGAGAUCUGCCGGUAGCUUUGGAUUCUUUGGCGCGUGGUGUUGAAUCGCAUGUUUCCCUGACGGAUCGCGACCCGUUUGUUGGGUUACGGUUGGACAAAAACGAGGAUUACGCCGACAUUGCUCCCAUCCGAAAAGAAGGGAUUCGAGCGUGGCUCACCAUUCAGCGAGGGUGUGAUAAGAUGUGCACCUUCUGCAUCGUCCCUUUCGUCCGCGGUAGAGAACGCAGUCUCCCGCUAAAACUCCUCGUUGAAGAUGUCGAAAAACUCGUGGAUCAAGGAUUCAAAGAGGUUGUGCUUCUUGGACAGACCGUUAACUCCUAUCACAAUGACCGUGCCGAUUUUGGAGAUCUCCUCUACGCUGUCGGCGAAGUCAACGGAUUGGAACGCGUGCGAUUUACCUCUCCACAUCCCGCAGACGCGACGGACAGCAUGAUUGAUGCAAUGGCGAAUUCACCGACCGUCUGUAAACAUCUGCACCUCCCACUACAGUCGGGUUCAACCGAAGUCCUUGAGCGGAUGCACCGCACCUAUACAGCGGAGGCGUAUCGCACACUCGUCUCAAAACUCCGCGAACGCGUCCCUGAUAUUUCCCUUACAACCGAUAUUAUCGUCGGCUUCUGUGGUGAAACCGAUGCCGAAUUUAUGGAAACGUAUCAGAUGAUGGCGGAUAUCCGAUACGAUUCAGCGUUCAUGUUCAAGUAUUCCGAACGUGAGGGGACCCUCGCACACAAAGCCUUACCUGAUGAUGUCGCUGAAACAGUAAAGGGAGAACGCCUCAAACAGAUUAUUGAACUCCAGGAAAACAUUUCCGCGGACAUCAACAAUGCCGCAGUCGGUGGGACGGUUGCAGUGCUCGUAGAAGGCGAAUCCCGUCGCGAUGCAGAUAGAUACUACGGAAAAACGGACGGUUUCAAGACGACUGUGUUCCCCAAAGCGGACAGCCACAUUGGCGAAAUUGUCAACGUUCGCGUUCACAGCACAACAGCACAUACCUUAAUUGGGCAGAAAGUCUAA